UAAAUGAAUAGUGUUCUUUAGCGUUUUUUUUGUAAAAGCUCUGAGUCGGAUUCCAUAGCUGUUAAUGAUAUGUAGAGUAGCGCAUCGCUGAGGUUCUCAGUGGGUUUGGAUCCAGUGAUGGAUGAGAGGCGGGACCCGUCCGAUGCGCGUCACUGUGGUUCCGUGAAGCAGGAUCGGACCAUAAAUCUCCAGCACUUUUGAGAAGCCGGGCAGACGCAGAAAGCAGCGAUCGGUAGUGAUGAACAUCUAAACUGGACGUCCGGCUCAAGUCGGCUAUAUCGUUUAACAGUAGGCUACAUUUUGUGGACGUUCACUGCCAACGAGACCGUUCUACCUUGAUGGAAACAUUUCUGAGUGAGUAUAGGCUAUAGUUUGGUAAAUGUAAAUUUCUCUGUAUUCUUAUGUUAUAGGUUAACACUGCGCAGCGGCGAGUUUAAGGUGAAAAGAGUGGCGGAGCAAAAAGAGCAGAAGUCAGAGAAGAAAAAGACAUCUGUGCUGUUCUUCCCUCCUAUCCAUGAUGCGGGACUCUGUCUUCAACUGCUGCGUUUCCCCACCCCAUCCUCCUAGAGCAGUGGAGGAGCACCAACAACACAGAAGCAGAGCUCAAGCUCCGCCAACUAACGACAGGCGCUUCCUUAUAUUCUUUGACUUUGAUGAGACCCUGGUGGACGAGUGCAGCGACGACUCUAUGGUUACUGUGGCGCCUGGUGGAGUCCUGCCUGGCUGGUUGAAGGACACCUACCGUUCCGGCCACUACAAUGAGUACAUGCAGCGUGUGCUGGCCUACCUCGCCGAAAAGGGCGUCACACCGGCAGCUAUUCGAGGCACAGUGGAGAAACUCCCUCCCUGCCCAGGCAUCCCCACUUUGAUGCAUUUCCUACUCUCCCAGCCAUCAAGGGACUUUGAAGUCGUUUGUGUGUCAGACGCUAAUACCGUCUUCAUUGAGACGUGGCUGCAGCACCUUGGCUUCCGCCCACUCUUUCUGCGCAUUUUCACCAACCCAGCUCACUUUGAUGAUAAUGGGCAGCUGCAGCUUCGCCCUUUCCACUCCCAUGAGUGCUUGCGAUGCCCGGCGAACAUGUGCAAGGCAGUGGUGGUGAGGCAGUACGUGGCCCAGCGCGUGCGAGAGAGGAGUGGACGACCGUACCAGAAGGUUUUGUACGUGGGCGAUGGGGCCAAUGACUUUUGCCCGUCACUCACACUGUCACCGGGUGAUAUAGCAUUCCCUCGCCGGGACUUUCCAAUGCACAAACUGAUCCAAGAGAUGGAGGAAGCCAAACCUGGAGAGUUCAAGGCCAGUGUGGUGCCCUGGAACAGUGGAGAGGAUGUCAUCAACACCCUGAGGAAGAUAUUAGAGAGGCCCUAAAUAUAUACAUAUACCUAAAUGAGGCCCUAAAAAUGUAUAGAGCUUUCUUGAGUACAUUCCAAACUCUUUUGGUUUUGCCAUUUAUGUAUCAACUUGGUUCUGUUGGCUGAAACUGCCAGGCUGUUAAGGGUCUUUUAUUAAGAUGUGUUGUUGGUGCAGUUCAAAUGAACCCGCUAUAAACUUACAUUCAAAUACACAGACACAUCCAUACGACAAUUAAUACAUAUUGUGUAUGUGUUAGUGUGUAUGAUUGAGAAUCUUAGACUUUUUUAAAUCUGAUUGCAUUAACACUAACACUGGCCAGUAUAGUCUAUCCCUAAAUGCAUUAUUAUUGUCAUUAUUAUUAUUAUUUUUAUUAUUAUCAUGAUUAGGACCAAUUUCUGUAUUGUACAGUCAUUCA